AACAGACCAAGUACAUGGCAAAAUGGAUUACAUCUUCCAAGAGGGAAAUAAGAUACAACCUGUCAGCUUCCUAAAUGAGCUCAAUAAACUGAUGGGUCUGACCCCAACAACAAUUUUUCCCCUGACAACAAAAGUCUCCCAUGUGACGUCUUUCGAGCAACAAAUUGAUUCUGCAGUGGUGACGAGCACAUUGACGUUCAACUCCUCAUCUCCAGUCCCCAGUGAAGCUCUGGUGCUCAGUGCUAUCAAAAAUCUCAGGGACUCCAGAGAGUCACAACUUGAUAAAUCACUCAAGCUGUUGAAUGUGACCUAUAACAAAACCUCAGACACCUCCUAUGAGCUCAUCUUUGAAUUUAAUCUGAGUAACAUCAGCACCCCAAACAGUCAUAUGCCCAAAGGCAACCUUGCCGAGCAAGUUCAGAAUGCUACCAAUGCUGCGCUCAACACUCUUCUGAAUGAUCCACAAAAAACACCAUUUGUUGCUACAAUCUCCAAAGUCACGACAAAAGAACAGCAGAUUGAGGUUUCAAUGAACCAUGUCUUUAUGGAAACAGAUGAUAUACAACCUGUCAGCUACCUAAAUGAGCUCAAUAAACUAAUGGGUCUGACCCCAACAACAAUUUCUCCCUUGACAACAAAAGUCUCCCAUGUGACGUCUUUCCAGCAGCAAAUUGAUUCUGCAGUGGUGACGAGCACAUUGACGUUCAGCUCCUCAUCUCCAGUCCCCAGUGAAGCUCUGGUGCUCAGUGCUAUCAAAAAUCUCAGGGACUCCAGAGAGUCAAAACUUGAUAAAUCACUCAAGCUGUUGAAUGUGACCUAUAACAAAACCUCAGACACCUCCUAUGAGCUCAUCUUUGAAUUUAAUCUGAGUAACCUCAGCACCCCAAACAGUCAUGUGCCCAAAGGCAACCCUGCCGAGCAAGUUCAGAAUGCUAUCAAUGCUGCGCUCAACACUCUUCUGAAUGAUCCACAAAAACCACCAUUUGUUGCUACACUCUCCAAAGUCACGACAAAAGAACAGCAGAUUGAGGUUUCCAUUAACCAUGUCUUUACGGAAACAGAUGAGAUACAACCUGUCAGCUUCCUAAAUGAGCUCAAUAAACUGAUGGGUCUGACCCCAACAACAAUUUCUCCCCUGACAACAAAAGUCUCCCAUGUGACGUCUUUCGAGCAACAAAUUGAUUCUGCAGUGGUGACGAGCACAUUGACGUUCAACUCCUCAUCUCCAGUCCCCAGUAAAGGUCUGGUGCUCAGUGCUAUCAAAAAUCUCAGGGACUCCAGAGAGUCACAACUUGAUAAAUCACUCAAGCUGUUGAAUGUGACCUAUAACAAAAUUUCGGAAACCUGCUACGAGGUCAUCUUUGAAUUUAGUCUGAGUAACCUCAGCACCCCAAACAGUCAUGUACCUAAAGGCAACCCUGCCGAGCAAGUUCAGAAUACUAUCAAUGCUGCGCUUAACACUCUACUGAAUGAUGCUGCUAAACCUCCUUUUGAUGCUACACUCUCCAAAGUCACGACAAAAGAACAGCAGAUUGAGGUUUUCAUGAACGUUGUUUUUACGGAUACAGAUCACAUCCAACCUGUCAGUUUCUUAAACGAGCUUCGUUUGCAAAACAGCCUAACAACUCCUUCUGCCAGCAAUUCUCAGACCACUACUGAUGCAACAAUUCUGGGGACGGCUUUUAUUAGCAUUCGACUUGUGUUUGAAACAUUAGGACUAACGCCAAGUGAAAGUAAAAUUAUGGAGUUGGUUUCUAUACUGAAUGCAAAUCUCACAACUAAACAAGACGACAGAGCAACACAGUUUGGUGAACCUGUGAGCAACGUAAAUGUCUCCUAUAACAGAAUUUCUGAUCAUUCUUAUGCCCUUAACUUUGGAUACGUGAUCAGCAAUGUAUCAAUGUCAACGAACUAUGAAAACAGGAACACCACCUACAAACUCAUCCAAAACAAAAUAAAUGAAUUGCUAAACAAGAUCCUAAAUGAUCCCUCAGCCAAUCCAGUCCAGUUUGAUGAGGCCAAAUUCUUGAAUAAUUUGACUGCGAUAACGGCUGUUCUGGAAUACAAUCUCUCACAAAAAAAUAACAUCAAGUCACCGAGUACAUUUCUCCAGAAAAUUCUUAAUGAAAACAGCUUAACAACAACUCCAACUCCAACUGUACUUGGAAAAGCAAUUAUUUACAUCCGGCUUGUUUUUAUAACGAGAGGCACCAUACCAAGCCAGAGCGCUGUUCUACAAGUAGCCAACAACCUGCUGGACAAACGUCUAAGAAGCAAACGAGACCUGACAGUACAAAAACUCAGUGAUCCUGUGAGCUUUGUGAAUGUCACCUAUACAAAAAUUUCUGAUCAUUCGUAUGCCCUCAAUUUUGGAUUUGAAAUCAGCAAUGUCACCAUGUCUGAGAAACUUGUACUCAGGAACGACACACAUAAAAUAAUCCAGGAUUCAAUAAAUAAAUUGCUGAACGAGAUCCUAAAUGACCCAAAUGCCACUCCAUUUGUGUUCAAAGACGCCAAUUUUACGGGUAAUACCACUGUGAUUAAGGCCGAUGUCGAGUAUGUUUUCUCUGACAAAGACUUCAAGUUUCCCAGUCCUUUUCUCAGUGCACUUAUCACUGUUAAUAUUGAAGCCAGUAACACAACUGCUACAACCACAUUUCCGUCUGUUGUGAACACUACUGGGCCGAAAAACAGCACUACUGCAGCAUGGGUUGUGGCUAUAAUUGUUCCUUGUGCUAUAGCCAUCAUGCUUGUACCUUGCUGGAUUCUUCUUUGUUGUCUGCUUUGUGGUUGCUGUGCACGAAUUAGACGACGUUGGCACAGAAGACAGUCAUACAAUGUACAGUACACGACUCGACACAGCAUCUUCUAGUAGCGUUGAGAGACAACAAAGAAAAAUAUGUACAGAAAAAGUGAUAUUUUAUUUGCAACUGUAAAGCACAACUAUAUCUAAGAAAUCACUUAUUCUUAUAUUAUUAAUUAUGCAUUGAUUAUUAUUAAUGUUGUUAUUUAAAUUAUGUAAUGAACAUGUUAACUUUGAGCUUUUAUUAUGCACUAUUUAUUUUCAUCCUGUUUUGCUGGACAGACAGGAUUUACACAAAAUUUUACUGAAUAUAA